AUGUCGCUUGCCAGCGUCUCCCGGUUCCGAAAGGGGCGUCGGAUAGGACCACCAUCUCCUCAGCGUUCAGGUUCCUGUCCGCCGUCCGCGAACUCCUUCAUGAGGCCGUUCGCCGCCAGGUUCGUGUCUGGCGGCGUAAGCACGUGGGUCCCAUUACAGACGCUCGUCAUGGCGGUCGGCUGGGACCUGGUAGACGACAUUGCUGCCGGUGAGGUUUAUGUUGUCACGUGCAGCCAAAGCGAGCAUGUUGGGCAGGACACGGUGCCCAGGCAGCUCUUCUCUAGUCGCGGAGGCUCCGGCCGUCUAUCAGCUAACAGGGCCACCUUGCCAGCACCCAACACCACCAUGAGAGCCACCGCUCGCACGGACCGCUUCCAGGCGCACGCCUUCCACCACGUCGAGCUGUGGUGCGCCGACGCGGCUGCCGCCGCUACCCGCUUCUUCUCCGCGCUUGGCGUGCCGCUCGCGGCGGUGUCCGACCUCUCCACCGGCAACUCCGCGCACGCCUCCCGCCUCCUCCACUCCGGCUCUCUAUCACUCCUCUUCACCUCCUCACACUCACAGCAGGAGCACCACAUGGACGGCGCAACCAUACCCUCCUUCUCCCCGAACGACGCGAGCCGCUUCGUCUCAGACCACGGCGGGCCCGCGGUGCGCGCCAUCGCGGUCCGCGUCUCGGACGCAGCCGAGGCCUUCCGCGCCAGCGUCGACGCCGGCGCGCGCCCGGCCUUCGCCCCCGCCGACCUCGGCCUUGGCUUCUACUUCGCCGAGGUGGAGCUCUACGGCGACGUCGUUCUGCGCUUCGUGAGCUGCCCGGCAGACAACGCCGUCGUCACCUUCCUCCCGGGGUUCGAGGAUGUCGGCGUGGACAGCUCCGGGGCUGACUAUGGGCUGAGGCGGAUCGACCACGUCGUUGGCUGCCUCCCGGAGCUGGCCCCGGUGGCCGAGUACAUUGCCGGUUUCACGGGGUUCCACGAGUUCGUGGAGUUCACGGCGGAGGACGUGGGAACGGCGGAGAGCGGUCUGAACGUGGUGGUGCUCGCCAACAAGACGGAGACCGUGCUCCUGAACCUCACCGAGCCGGUGCAUGGCACGAAGCGGCGCAGCCAGAUACAGACGUACCUUGACCACCACGGCGGGCCAGGCGUGCAGCACAUCGCGCUGGCCAGCGACGACGUGCUGGGCACGCUCAGGCAGAUGAUGCGGGCGGCCGGGGCCUUUGAGUUCCUAGAACCGCCCCCGCCAAACUACUACGACGGCGUACGGCGACGCGCCGGAGAUGUGCUGUCGGAGGCCCAGAUAAAGGGGUGCCAAGAGAUGGGCGUGCUGGUAGACAGGGAUGACCAAGGAGUUUUGCUACAAAUCUUCACCAAGCCGGUGGGAGAGAGGCAAACACUUUUCCUGGAGGUGAUCCAACGGAUCGGGUGCAUGGAGAAAGACGAGGAGAGCGGGAGAGAGCACCAGAGGGGUGGCUGCGGCGGCUUUGGCAAGGGAAACUUCCACGAGCUGUUCAAGGCCGUGGAGGAGUACGAGAAGUCUCUUGAAGCCAAGCUUGUUUGUCAGUAA